AUGAUCGAUGAUGAGGUGAACGACAUCAUUGAUAUGGUUGGCGAGGAGGCGAUACGGAUCAUUGUCACUCACGCCGACGUGGAAGCAGACAAGGCGGGGUUCAGUGUGGAGGACGUCAAGAGUUCUGUAUCGCGCCUUGCUGAUGUGCCUCGCGAACGUAUUAUGGUUAUUGGCCUGGACACAAGUGGAGCAGAGAUUGAGGAGUUUGUUCGCUCAACUCUUCUUUCCAAGCCGGUAGAAAUCAAGCUUGACAUCACAGAAGUGGUUCGUUUGGCAUCUGGUUCCAAACAAUCACGACGCAUCACGAAAUCAAUCCGAGACAUAUAUGCUAGGAUUGCCGCUGCUACUGUCUAUUGCAACGAGAUUACUCAGUCUGGCACGAACAAGAACCACGAGAAUGACAUCGAGAUCAUGGACUUGCAGCGGGCUACUACCGAAAUGGUGACAAAGGACAGAGAACGAGUUUUCAAGGAUGCGGCCAGCCUCUCGAUCGACGAACAAACCGUGUGCUACGCCAAGGCAGGAGCGUGGUUGUCCCUCAAGCUAAAGAACUUCGUCGAAGCAUCCAAUACAUUCCUCUCCUGGAAUGUCACCGAUGUUUCAGAUCCACGCAACCACUAUCGUGCGUGCAACCAUUGCGGCGCCGUCUUUGUGAAAGUGGAAGGUUGCGAUGGUGCUACCACCUGUGGAGCAAUUCCCUCGACCAAAUCGGAGGAUGAUAAAUCGAAAUCGGGAAUCUCUUUUGCCACGCUGUACUCGUGGAUCGAAGAUGGUAAAAGGUGGAUCGUCAGAGGUUCGAGGAAGGAACGGAAAAGGUUUCUACAAUGCUUCGAUUACACGAACAGUAACAACAAUGCCACUAAGCCAAGCACGGCAACGCUCGAAUCGGGCUGCGGACAAUCAGUUGCCUGGUCUUCGAUGCACCCUAUUUCACCGGAACUUGUUGCUGCGUUAGGUAAGGUUGAGCAAGUCCGUCCUGGUAAGCUCCAAGAACAUUCAAGCCAAAAGUUCGAAAUCGAAAUUCAAUCCCAAGAAGAAAUCCACAGGCAAAAGCUCCAACGUGAGCUCAAGUGA